CCACAUGGUCUCACCCUCUUUCUCAGACCAUAGCAGAUUCAAGGAACAUGCUUGGAAAACUGCCAACCCCGUCCAUAUUCCCCUUCUCAAACCUCUUCCUUUCGACUACGAACUGAACAAGGAUCAUCCACCACCCAAAAGAGAUCACCUUUACAAACAUUCGUCCACUUUCACAGCUUUUCUUGUGAAAAUUUCUUGUUGGGCAUCUCUUCAAAAUGUCAAGUUUCCCCAACACAGUGUCGGAAGGCCGGAGGUUUGGCAAGGCGCCGGAAAAAUCCUCUUUUUCUCAGACUUGCAGUCUCUUGAGCCAGUUCUUGAAGGAGAAACGAGCUUCUGGUGAUUCCACCCUUGGAAUGGGUGGGAAAAUGGAACCUAAAGCUAGUACGAAGGAUUUGUUUGGCAGCCUGCAAAACUCAGAUGGGGCUUUGAAACUAAGCGCUUCUGCCAUGGAUUUUCUUCCCCAGCUUGUGGAAAACCCCUGCAUUAAGAAGCCUAAUCUUAGAUCAGCGGUUCCUGAAUCUCCUCAAAUGACAAUAUUCUAUGCUGGAAAAAUGUUGGUAUUCGAUGCUUUUCCUCCGGAGAAGGCAACAGAGGUGAUGAAGUUGGCCACCAAGCUGGCGUUGGACAGUUCCGGCGGCGAAGAAACUCCCCCGAGUGCUCCGGUUACCACCAAAGAAUUGGCUGAGACCAAAGUGCCUCAGACAAACACCUCAGAAGCCCCUAAGCCAGGAAGCCAAGGGGUUGGUUCAGAUAUGAGGUAUCCAAGAAGAGCUUCACUUCUAAAAUUUCUUGAGAAAAGAAAAGAAAGGGUUAAUGCGAGAGGGCCUUAUCAAGUGAACAAUCAGAAACCAGAGGGAAACAGUUCAGGUGGUGAUCCUGAAGAUCAGUCUUCUAAACAGUUUGACCUUAACUUGUAGAUGUUUACUUCAUCACGAACUUAGGAUAUACAGGCUCUGGUCAACCAAAAGCACCUAACUACAUCAAAGAUUGCUGAGGCCUUCAUACGAAUUUAUCAUAUAAUAUUAUAUAUAUUUGUAUGUAUUAUUAUUAUUAUAUUAUUUAAUCACCUAGGUCCUCUUCUGUGGACCAAACCAGAGAUAAAUUUUAGAUUGAUUAGCUUAAGAAUGUUUAAAGUUACUACUGAAUGCAUGAUUUUGAUAACUUUCGAUGAUUACAAA